CUGGUGGCGGGUUUGAAAGCAGAGUAGAGAACGUGCAGCUAGCUGCAAGUCUGCCAACCUUCCAGCCGCCGGGCAGGUUCAGUAUUCAGGACGGUUAAAAUACCUAAUUCAAUAUGAAAAGUACUCUGAAGAGUAGUGUGGCCAAACAGGGACCUUCUGUAGUCGAGAAAGGAAGGCCAGUCACAAGUACUGGACUGGGGAUGAAGAGUUCUAAAUCCUCAAGCUCUCUGGUCACUGAAGCAAGGCUUACCAAGCUGAAGAGAGCUAGCAGUGAUGAUGCUUUGGCUAAACCAGGACUCAGUGCAGCACUGGUCACUUCCCGGUUAAAGAAGACCAUGACAUCAGAAUCUAUCUCCGAACUGGCAGAUAGCAAAACAAAAGUCAUCUCUGGGGUUCAGCCAUCAAAGAGAUCUGGCAUCCCCGCCCCAAGGGAGCUGCCCUCUCCGAUCUCCCGAGACAGACUGUCAUUGCGAGACCAGUUCAGAACAACCAGCAAUAGGAAAAUGCUGACUAAUGCCAGUGCAUCAAGUAUUUCAACACUUGCAAAGCAAAGUCGCAUAUCCAUUAAAUCCAAAGCAGAAAACGAGUCAAAUGACAAAGCACUCCUGGAGUGUCAAGUGAAGGAGCUUCUGGCUGAAGCUAAAGCCAAGGAGUUUGAAAUUAGUAGGUUGCGCAGUGAACUGAAAAGAUGUAAAGAACAAGGCCUGGCAGAAACAUCCUCUCCAGAAGCUGAAACUUUGUUAACAGAACCAGCUGAGCCUCAGGCCCUUGUGAAAAUGCUGCGUGAGAAAAAUAGAACUUUCCAGCGUGAGUUGGCUGGACUUAGAGAGGAAAAUCAAGGUUUGAAGGAAAAGCUGAUCAAGUAUGAGCAGUCUACUGUGUCAAGCAGCAACGGGACCAACAGCAGCCUUAGUGCUUGUGCUAGCAGCCCUACCAAACAACCAAUAAAUGGGGUCAUAUUCCACAAUAUAAAAUCACCUUUGAAGAAAUCUGCAUCCAACAGCAGCGAUCUAGCAAAAAGUUCUCCUUCUCCAGAUUCCUCUGAGUUUGAAAACAUACUGGACAUCUCCUCCAGAACGGAGUCUGACAGUAGCAGUGCCAAUAAACCCAAAAACUAUACAAAUCAGCAACCACUACAAAACACCAGAGAGCUAUCAGUGGAAAGCCUUACAGAACAGAUCCAGAAAAUGGAGGAGAGUCAUCACAGUACGGCUGAGGAACUGCAAGCAACACUACAAGAACUGUCCGAUCAGCAGCAGGUAAUUCAGGAGCUGACCGCUGAAAAUGAGAGAUUGGCAGAGGAAAAGUCCCUGUUACAAAGCUCAUUGCACCAGCAGAGGGAACGAAUGGAACUCAUGAUGAAAAAAAAUGAGGCUUUGAAGUCACAAUUGCAGGAAAAAUGCAAGUCUGAGGAGGCAGAGGACAAGACAGGAAGGAUUAAUGAAUUGGAACAGCGAUAUGCAGAGCAGGUGGAACGUUCCAGGUUUGAACGAGAGAAGCUGGUUGACAUUCAGCAACAGCUCACCAGCAGUUUGAGAUCUUUGGAGAAGGAGCAUCUGGAAACCCAAGGAUUAAUCAAAAACCUGAGAGACGAGAAUGAAUGCCUACAGAGGCAACUCCAAGCUGAAAAGGAGGCUAGGAUUGGAAUAACUAGAACGCUCGACGGCUAUAAAUCAACAACAGAAGCCUUAAAGUUAGAAAAUGGAAGGUUUCAGGUGCAGCUGGAUAUUGAGAAGCAAAAAGUAACUGAGUUGAAGGCAAUGCACAGUGCAAGUGACAACUCUGAAUUAGACAACCUUCUGAAGGUAGCACAUUGUGAGAAGGAGAAGCUUGAUGUUGUUUGUACAGAGCUGAGAUCGGAGCUCCUAACAGUCCAGAAUAGUGUCACUCAGCUGCAGGAAAUGCUGGCCAAGGUGGAAGCAGAGCGCCAGCAACUCAAAAAGCAGUGUGAAUUACAGCAGUUGGAACUAAACACCGCUGCAGAGCGAUUAAAGGAACAGGCUUCUAAGAAAGAGGCAGAAAUGAAAGACUUAAAGGAAACCAUCUUUGAGCUGGAAGAUCAGGUGGAGCAGCACCAAGCAUUGAAACUGCACAGUGACCAGACCAUAACUGACUUGGAAAAUCGUAUAUUAAAGCUGGAGGAGCAGAAGAUGGAACUAGAAAAACAGCAGAAGACACUUAACAAGCAGAUGAAGGAUGAUACAGAGGAAUGGAAGCGGUUCCAAGCAGAUCUGCAGACAGCCGUUGUGGUGGCAAAUGACAUAAAGAUUGAAGCUCAGCAAGAAGUACGAGCACUCCGGCGAAGACUACAAGAGGAGGAGGAACGGAGCACCAGGCUCACACAACAACUAGAAGAGUUCCAGGGUAUCAGGCUGAAGAAGGAUGAGGUCUGCAAUACUGAAGUGGACACAAACAGAAAUUGGUAUGGAAUCUCACUUAACCAGACGUCCCCUGCAUCUUUGGAUUCUACAGCCACAGUUAAAUCACUCAUCAAGUCUUUUGACACUGGCUUUCAAAGCUCUUCUGGACAUACUGUCCAAAUCCAUCCUGCUCCCAGAAGUCCUCUGAGUGGAAUUCCUAUAAGGACAGCACCGGCUGCAGCAGUCUCUCCCAUUCAAAGGCAGUCAUCUGUCAGCAUGAAACUAUUUAGCAAAACAAUUGGAAAAAGAAUAAAUCUCGGUGACCCCACAAGUACAGACAGUGUGUCAGGCCAGAGUGAUGACAUUAAACCAACAAAUUUAAUGAGAAAAAGUCCUUCUUUGGAGUCAGUCAUAAAGUCACCAUCAGCAUACGCUGGAAGGAGCUUUUCCAAAGCACAAAGCAAACUUAGUGUGGAGAGAAAGGACCCUUUAGCUGCCCUUGCCAGAGAGUAUGGUGGAUCCAAGAGAAAUGCCCUUCUCAGAUGGUGUCAGAAAAAGACUGAAGGCUAUCCGAACAUUGAUGUAACCAACUUCAGCAGUAGCUGGAGCGAUGGACUGGCGUUCUGUGCCCUUCUCCAUACCUACCUACCUGCCCAUAUCCCAUACCACGACCUCACCAGCCAAGAUAAGAACAGAAACCUAACUUUGGCAUUCCAGGCCGCAGAGAGUGUUGGGAUCAAACCUUCACUGGACAUCGCUCAGGUCAUGCACACUGACCGGCCAGACUGGCAAGCUGUCAUGCAGUAUGUCACACAAAUAUACAAGUACUUUGAGACCUGAGACUGCAGCUAUGCUGGGUAAUGGGAGGAGCACGGUGUCACUUUUCACUGAGGACGGAGCUGCUGGAGGUGCAAUCAUCAUGCAAGUCCCUUCAUUUCAGACAUGAUGGCCAAACCUGAGCUACAAAUGUGUGCGAGAUGGAUUGUAAGGCCUGUAUUGAAACAGACUGCACAAGCCAGCACUUUUAUGAGCAGUAUUCGGCACGUUCACGUGUAUUUAUUUAUGCAAUAGUGAUCUGUUUUAGAUGCUGUGAAACAAGAUUAAAGCACUGAGUAACACA